AUGAUAUAUUUUUUACUAUAUUUAUUUUUCAUCUUGGUAAAAAAUAAUAAUAAAACGCAAGCAAAAAAAAGCUUAAAGAAAACGAACAUCUUAACCUAUAUACAUUUUUCGAAUACAAAUUUUAUUAACGGGAAAAUUAUAAAAAGAAAAAAAUUAUAUAAUAGUUUUCAAAAAGAUGACAAUGAUUUAGCAAUUAAUGGAAAUGAAAGGGAACAUGUCCUGACAUCGUCAUCUGAUGCAUUAGGAAAUAAACUGGAAAAAAGAACAUCGAGUGACAAGGUAAAAGUUACAAGAGGAAUAGGAACAAAUAUCGGGUAUGAAAAUGCGGAAAAUUAUGUAAUAAAUUCUGAACAAGUCAUAAUUGACAGGAGCGAAGAAGUUGGUGAUGAACAUGUCAGAAAAAUGAACAGAAAAAAAACUAUUAUAAUAGAAGAAGGAAAAAAAAAUAGAAAAAAAAAAAAAAGUUAUGAAAAAGUGGAAAACCUUAUAUCUUGUAGUGAUAACAUAAAAGACAUAAAAAAAGAUGUAAAAUUAUUUUUUUUUAAAAAAAGAAUAAUUUAUUUAACGGAAGAAAUAAAUAAAAAAACAACUGAUGAACUUAUUAGUCAGUUAUUAUAUUUAGAUAACAUAAAUAACAACGAUAUAAAAAUAUAUAUCAACUCACCAGGUGGAUCAAUAAAUGAAGGGUUAGCUAUACUAGACAUUUUUAAUUAUAUCAAAUCAGAUAUACAAACUAUAUCAUUUGGUUUAGUUGCAUCAAUGGCUUCGGUAAUUUUAGCUAGUGGAAAAAAGGGAAAAAGAAAGUCGUUACCAAAUUGUAGAAUUAUGAUACAUCAACCACUUGGUAAUGCUUUUGGUCAUCCACAUGAUAUUGAAAUACAGACAAAAGAAAUACUUUAUCUUAAAAAACUUUUGUAUAGCUAUUUAUCCAAAUUUACAGAUCAAACUAUCGAAACUAUAGAAAAACAUUCAGAGAGGGAUUAUUACAUGAAUGCAUUAGAAGCUAAGAAUUAUGGAAUUGUCGACGAGGUGAUAGAAACAAAAUUGCCACAUCCGUAUUUUAGUGAAAUUUCAAAAGAAAAAGAAUAA